UUUCUGUCACUUCAGACAGAAGAGGAGUUACUCUCUUGUCAGUCUGCAUCGAUGACUGUGCACUUGUGUGCAGGUUACUGAGGCUCUACUGUAGCUUCCGGGACCGGCCUGCGGAGAGCCCGGACACGGGCGGCCGAGCGGCGGAGAUGCUGCGCUCCCUUGUGCUGGGUGCCGCCUGCGCUGCCGCCGCCGCGCUGCUGCUACCCUCCGGCGUGUGGCAGCUGCUGAGCCGCGGCCUGGCGCAGUGGUCGGAGCCGGAGACGGCUUCCCCGCACGGCCGCCUCUUCAGCAAGGCCGAGCUGAGCCACUACUGCGGCGGGAAGGGCAGCCCAGGGCUAUAUCUGGCCGUGCUGGGCCAGGUGUUCGACGUGAGGAAAGGCACCAAACACUACGGGCCGAGCGGCUCCUAUCGCUUCUUCGCAGGUCGAGAUGCCAGUAGAGCUUUUGUGAGCGGUGAUUUCACUGACAGUGGUCUAGUGGAUGACGUAUCAGGACUCUCCCCCACUGAAAUGCUCUCUCUCCAGGACUGGCUCAUCUUCUAUAAGAGAGAGUACAUUUAUAAAGGCAGAUUAGCUGGAACAUAUUAUGACCAUAAUGGUGAACCAACCCAAGCCCUCAUCCAUGCAGAGCAGCUCACAGAGCAAGGAAGGAAACUGAAGGCAGAGUCUGAAUGGGAAAACAAACAGUUUCCUCCCUGCAAUUCGGAAUGGACUUCCACCAAAGGCGGCAGAGUUUGGUGCUCGACUUACAGUGGAGGAAUAGAAAGGAAUUGGGUUGGAGUCCCACGCAAAUUGUACACGGCUGGAUCAAAGAACCAUCGCUGUGCCUGUGUGCGUACAGACGGACCAGCAUUGAAUCAACCUGAUUCAGCUCACUCCAGAGGAGACCUGGACAACCCUGCCCUGCGAGAAUAUCCAGGAUGCCACAGCCUUUCACACUUUUGUGCCAUUGUGGAUGAAUAGUGUUCUCUUGUCGGCCAGCAUAGAGGCCAUCAAUAUUUAAACUUUUAUAUAAAUGGGUGGCGGGGGGAAAAAAAAAAUCAGUCAAGGAGAAUAUUCCUUUAUGGGUAUUGUUCUUGAUGCUUGACUGAAUAAUAGUGUCACGAUCGUAUUGAGGGUUUGGAGGGGAACGUGUAGUUUUGUUUCCAAUUAAGUUGAUUCCUUGCAUUAUCCUUUCCCCUGCAGUCUUGAGUUCCUAAACUGCCUCUGAUGUUAAACAAAUUCUUGCAAAACAAAAUGUAGAAAAGUGGGCAGCAAUGUCAUCAAUAGUCAUGAGAGUUUCUGAACUCCAUGAUUCACCAUUGCUCAUCAUAAAUCAAACCCACUAUUGAUGCCUCACCCUGUUAUUCACAUUUUGUAGUUGAGUCACUCUCCUCAAUGCCCAUGGACCAGAGUUGGAAAACCUAUGGUGCAACAGGCAGAAUCAGAUGCUGUAACUAAUGUGCACGGCAGUGAAUCAACACAACUGAGCUCACAGGAGAUCUGGACUAUCCUGCCCUGUAGACAUACUUGUGUUGUGACCCUUUAAGAUUCACAUUAUUGUGGGUGAAGUUUAAAUAAAAUUAUCAAUGCAAAACCGUUUAACUAACAGAGGGCUGAUUGUAUAGUUUUUUUUUCUAAGAGUGCUUAAUAGAAAUGGCUGUACUUUUCUUUCAAGGGCAAGAUGAAGCCAAAUUAUGCAUUUCAUUUUAUACUUGACUCAGGUGACCACUUGUACUUUAUCGUUUGACUUAACGUUCUGGGGACAAUGGUGCACAAGUGCCAAAUUACAUAGCUGCUCGUGCUUUUUCAUUGCUUUAUUUUUGUUGGAUUUCCAGCUGCUGCUGUGCUGCUGUGGGUUUAUUAACACAUUACUGCACAGAUUGCAGCUGAAUGAAACUGCUGCUGUGCACAUAGCCAUCUCUGCUCUUGAAAGCCUGCAAGUUGACCCUUUGAUAAAUUUACUCAAGGAUGCUAGAGCCUGCAAUUCUGAGCUACUUGCAGCUAGUCCCGAUUCCAGUUGUAAUCUUUUGAUUCUCUCCCCCCACCCUAAAGAUAAGCAUCGAUCUUCAUAAGGUGGCUUUAUCCCUGAAACAGAGAUAAAGGUACCUUCCUUUUCAUCUCAUGGUAUUAUAUACCAUCACCUUGGACAGGUGAUGGUAUAUAAUACCAUGAGACGAAAAGGAAGAAUUGAAGUAUGCAUUGCUUCUUCCUGGAUAUGUACAUCUGUUCCAUCUGUGAACAAUCAGGCUUAAGGCUACUUGUACUCCAUUCCUGAGAGAGAUUGUACUGACCAUGACCAAAAGUAAUGGCAUUAUGGCAUGAUACUCAGCACUGUGGGAUGUUAAGUACUGAUGUUAAGUUUGCUGUUCAAACGAAUAGGCACUGUAAAUAUGCAAAUUUUAUAUUUUUCAUAAUGUAGGCAACCAGAUGCAAAUUAAAUUUACUGUUUACUGUA